GUGAUGAGGUUUUGCGCGUAACGCUGUGCGCGGUGCUCCGCGGUUUGAUUCCGGAGGGUGCUGCGUUGCCUGUGAUGUAGAGGACACACGGUGCUUUUCUGUCAAUCCGUAGAGCAAUACAUAGCCAAAUACAGUUCUGCGAAAAAGGCAAACAUACAAAGGCCCAAUGAACGGAGCAACGUUCCCCUCUCCCACUGCAGAGAUGGCGGAAAUCAACCGCAUCCACUAUGAGAUCGAGUACACGGAGGGCAUCAGUCAGCGGAUGCGUAUCCCCGAGAAGCUCCAGGUGGCCCCCUCUGCCUCGGAAGACCAGGACAGUGGGUCACUGGAGGCCCCCCACAGUGUCCUGAUGCAGGUGCCAGAGCGGAUCGUGGUGGCAGGGGACAGCGAGGUCUCCCAGUACCCCAGACCCCGGGACCUGGACCUCAUCCAGUCCACGCCCGUGGAGACACUGGCGCUGAAGACGCCCCCGCGGGUCCUCACCCUGAACGAACGGCCGCUGGACUUCCUGGAGAUGGAGCGCCCUGCAGGUCCGGCCCAAGAAGAGGUGCGCUCACAGGGACGGUCGCGGCGGGAACGCUCUGUGAGUGAGAACGCAGUGGUCCGUCAGAACGGACAGCUGACCAGAAACGACUCCACUGUGACCCCGACUCCCCCAGCCCCUCUCCGCGCCUGCCCCCCCCUCACUGCGCCCGAGGAUGGACUGAGCCUCUACAGCGCCCGGGGCGUUCUGUCCCUCAUCCAGUCCACCACGCGCCGCGCCUACCAGCAGGUCCUGGAGGUGCUGGAUGAGAACCACCGCAGCAGCCCUGCUUUGCGAGGGGGGUCGGCCUCGACAUCCAACCCCCUGCAUGACUCCAGGUUCGGUGUCCCGGCUCUGGACACAGCACUCGAGGGGACCCCAGAGGAGAUGGCCGCGGUGGACGCCGCAACACUGCGACGACAGAUCAUCAAGCUGAAUCGCCGGCUGCAGCUGCUGGAGGAGGAGAAUAAAGAGCGUACCAAGCGGGAGAUGAUCAUGUACUCCAUCACCGUGGCCUUCUGGCUCGUCAACAGCUGGAUCUGGCUCCGCCGCUAGAGCUACCGAGCCGGGCCCGCACCAGGCUGGUCAGCCCCGGGGAGCGGCCUCGUCGCUCCGCUCAAACCUUCGCCAAAACUCUUGUCUGCACUCAGCUCCAGCAGUUGGGCCUCCUUGUUGCACUAAGUGCAACAAGAAUUAUUGGUCAAAGGGAUAUUUCUUCUGUUACGUCGUAUGCAUAUUACAUGUAAAUCUUUUUUUUUUUUUUUUUUUUGUUACUGAUGCAUAUGAUUAUCGUCACCAUAUUUCGGAAGUUGUUGAGAUCACCCUGUAGCCAUAAAGACAGCGCAUGAUUCAGAUGUAAAUAUUCAUUCAAUUCUUUACAGAAGUUUUAGAGGCAACUGGUGUUUCUUGAGCAUUGCUGAUAUAAAGAAUGGCUUUGAAAAAGGAAUCUUGGUAUUCUAGAACAAAGGGGUGGCCAUAUUUAUGUCAGAAACUUGAAGGUGUAAGGUUUAGAAUAUUUAUAAUGUGGUAAUAUUCUUGUCGUGUGGGACCCAUCAUUGGCAACCCAUUGUUUGCGUCUUCACUUAGGUUUGUUGAAUCAUACUUUUAAUAUAUGUGUAAAAUAUGCUCAAUAUGCAAAGUAAAGCAUAUGUGUAUAAUAUAUUGCAUUCCAGUAUGCAAAGCGAAGCAUACAUUUGCAUAUUUGCUCAGUUUUAAAUUUGACUCAUUAUGUGGGGGGUUGAGAUGGCAAGAGGCAGUUUCAGUGCCCUUGUAUAAAUGUGUCCUGUUGUUAAUAUUAUUUGUACAAGUGGGUUUUUCUUUUGCAUCCAUAUGUUUUAUGACGUCCAGAGAAAAAUGUAAACAUUUUAUUUAAAUAAAUGGCAGCAAUAGUUCAAAGCAGUCCUCCUUGUAUUUAGCAUGAGCUGUAUGCAUUGUGUAUCUGGUGGAAGCUCAACAAAAUAUUUUUUCAACAGUACAGACUGCAGAUAAUUGCACAUUUUAGAAAUAGAUUAAUGAGAGGAAACAAUUACAUCCUAGAGGAAUUGUUUUAUUGUGCACAAUACUGCCAUCACUUAUUAGCAUCACACAAAGCACUUCUUGAUAGAACUGGUUGUACUGUGGUGAUUGAUUUUAAUAUUUAUCCCUUCAGAGUAAG